AUGCCCUGGACUCCUAACUCUACCACUCCGUUCAUUUGCUCCUGGGAAGGAGCAGGCCCAGAACAUGGAUUCAGACCCUGUCCCUUCGUCGUCACCGGCCUUUGGGACGCCGGUGCAUCCUUUUCGAAAGAACAAGCCCAAUCCGCUGUCUACCAGGACUUCGAUCCUUCCGAUUCUACUCCCGUCCUCAACUCUUCGACCUGUCGCUUUCCGUACCUUCACCCGGAAACAUAACCUGACAAUAUCAUCCGCUGCACUUCAGACUCUCGCCACUUUCGUGGGUAAGAACUGUGGCUCGGGAUGGCGCGAAGAAGGCCUUGCGGAGCGAGUUCUCGACGAGGUCGCGAAAAGCUGGAAAAAGGCCGGGGGUGGGGUUAUUGUUGAAGAGGGAAAGGGGGCAUCCUUGAAGGCUAUCUUGCAGGCUCUGGAAGGGAACAUGAGUGGUGGCAGGGUCGUCCUAGGUAGAGUCCCCACCGCCGACACCAGCCUGACGGGGAUAGCAGGUCGAAAUGGAAAGACGAUGCCCUCCCCCUCGGCAUUACAAGAUGAAAAGGAGGAUGAGGAUAUGGAGCUAUUGCUUCAUCCUCGACAUUGGACUAGGAUUGUUGAUGCAUUCGACAUUCCACGCUUGACCUACAAUGCCGACAAAAGAUAUUUCGAGAUCGUCAAGUCGGAACCGAGCCUCUUCCCAUCACCGGCACGGAACAUUACUCUGUUUCGGGAUCGUUACAACAUCAUAUACCAGCGUUUGCUUCGGAAUGAAUCAUUCCAAACGUCUCUCGGCUUGCCAACCGCGCCUUCUUCGCGACAGCAAUGCUAUCGGCUCACACCUAUUGCGAAUCUGCUCGGCAGAAAUGGCACCUCCCAUUUACUGCUAGGGUUACUUUCUGUAUCGCCUACGGGUGAACUCACUCUCAGCGAUCUCACAGGCAGUAUUGCCGUGGAACUGAGUCAUGCACACCUAAUACCCGAGGAUGGGGCUUGGUUUGCUCCGGGUAUGAUUGUUCUCGUAGAUGGCAUCUACGAGGAGGAAGAGAACAUCAAAGGGUCAACACUGGGUGGAAACAGCGGAAUCGGCGGCACCAUCGGGGGUAGGUUUGUUGGUGUUUCCAUCUGCGGACCGCCCUGUGAGCGGCGGGAUACGUCUUUUGGGACCAGUGUCCGGGAAGGUGGCGGCGAAGUCAGCUCCAGUGGAGGGCUUGGGUGGGUUGACUUCCUAGGUCUUGGGAGUGAGCGUGCCCGAGGCCCACGCAUGAGACAGGUUCAGGCUAGAUGUCUUGAGCAUGUGCGCGAUGGCUUUGAACCCCCGAAUCGAUUCAAGUUGGCCGUCAUGUCCGAGGUGAACCUAGACAAUAUGAAGGUUGCGGAUGCGCUCCGAAGACUUUUUGGGAUUUACAACGACCUCCCUCCUGGUGAGCGCCCAAUGGUUUUCAUUCUCAUUGGGAACUUCGUCCGGCAAGCCACGGUCAGUGGCGGCGGUCAGGCUGGGAGCAUUGAGUAUAAGGAGUAUUUCGAUUCGCUCGCAGGGAUUUUGUCCGAUUUCCCUUCAUUAUUACAGCGCUCUACGUUCGUUUUUGUACCAGGCGACAAUGACCCUUGGUCGUCUGCCUUCUCGGCUGGCGCUGCUUCUCCCGUUCCCCGACAAGCAAUCCCCGAGCUUUUCACCUCGAGGAUAAGGCGUGCUUUCGCUACGGCUAAUGCCGAGUCGGAUCAUUCCCAGGGUGCUGAGCCUGUCGGCGAGGCUAUUUGGACCUCGAACCCAUCCCGUCUCACUCUUUUCGGGCCGGUUCAUGACAUUGCCAUAUUUCGCGACGACGUUUCCGGCAGGCUCAGACGUUGCUCGCUGGGCGUGUCGCAAAAUGCAGAGCAUUCCGGUACAGCAAUGGACGGGGACUUGGAGAGUAGAUUACAUCCUGCGCCUGAAGGCAAUGGGGAGACCCGUCCAGCAAAUGUCAAAUCCCAUCCGGCUUCGGCGCUUCGAAUGGCCCGCAAACUUGUCAAAACAAUUCUAGAUCAGGGUACUCUUUCACCCUUCCCUCUUUCGCUGCGGCCCGUGCUUUGGGAUCACGCAUCCUCGUUGCAAUUGUAUCCACUACCAACCGGGCUCAUUCUAGCGGACGCCGAGGCGGCACCGUUUUGUAUGACAUAUGAAGGAUGUCAUGUGAUGAACCCUGGGAAGUUGAUUCCUGAGAUCAAUUUGCCUUACAUGCAAUGGGUCGAAUAUGAUGCUCUGAAGAAUCGAGGGAGAGUAAGAGAAGAACGCUACUAGAUCACCUCUCCAUGCGUCUGCCACCGGGCCUGAUGUGUAAACACAGAUUACGUAUCUAAUGAAUGACUAUUGUUACCUAUGAUCAUGAG